AUGGACAUGGAGGAGUUCGAGGCUAUUUCUGCUAAAGCUGCCCAGCCACAAAAGAGUGAAAUGAAGAGUCUCCGAUGUGAGGGUAGACAGACCAGCGAGAAGAAGUGUCGAGAGGGGUUGCCGCCUCCGGAGUGGUAUGAGUGGUAUAAAACGCAGCACGCUGAGAGGAGGAAGGCUUAUCUAGAGAAGAAAGCUCAUAAAAUGGCAUGUUUCACAUCCAUUUCCAGUGUCAAGUCGAAGCCAGUACUGUUCAUCUUCCUCCAAACACCGCGCCCGGCUUCGACACCUCUCCCUUAUAUCAAGGUUAUCAAAUCCCUGCCCACGAUGGCCUCGGAGAAGAUGAACCAGCAUUUCGAAAUGCUCGGUGCAUCUCUUUCUAAGCUCUACGAAACCGGCACAUACUCAGACCUCAUUAUCACAUGCGGAAAUGACACAUACCAAGUCCACAAAGCCAUUGUAUGCCCUCGGUCGUCCUUCUUCACCGCGGCUUGCAGUGGGAAGUUCAAAGAGGGUCAGGAGGGCAAAAUCAACCUGCCGGACGACGAUCCCGACGCAUUCACUCCGGCGGACGGAAAUUUUCUUGAAGAAGAGCUAUCGACAACUGAACAUGACGAUGCACUAAAACAAUUCCUGCAAUCUCAGGGCCACAGGUUCGUCGGAAACAGGAGAGUCAAGGGCAUGGUUCCCAAGCUCGCAGCCCGCAUAGGGCCUUCUUCAAACCUCUGUCUAUUCGCCAAGGUCUAUGCCCUAGGGGAGAAGUAUGGGAUUCUGGGGUUGAAGGCAAUUGCGCUUGGCAAGUUUGAGAUACUCGCUAAAGGACAUUUUCAGACUGAGGACUUUCGAUUGGCAGUGCAGGAAGUUUACACCUCCACAAUUGAUCACGACCGGGGUUUGCGGGAUGUGGUUGUUUGCACAGUUGAGGAAAAUAUUGGCUUGCUCAACGAUGAGGCUUUUGACGCUGUUGUCAAGUACAGUGAUCUUGGCCAUGAUCUUCUGAUGAAGAUUACGUCGAUGCGCCGGGCAAGGUAG